GGUCGGCGUCAGAGCGGUGGAACAGCGGGGCUCGCCGACCGGGACGGGACGGCGCUGCCAAGUGCCGCCCGUCGGGGCUGGCGCGCCGGCGCCGCCGUCGCCGCCGAGCGCCCAGACGCGGCCGACGCCAGGCCGGCCGACGCGCCGCGCGCCGUCGCCGACGACUCGCCGCCGAAGCAGUCGGAGCGCCGCCGCGGACGCCACUUGUUGAGCGGUGCCGCCCUCCGCGUUCCCUGGUGUGACCGCGCGCUCCCCGCAGUGUCCCCCUUGGUGCCUCUCACAGUGCCUCGCGCGCCUCAGCCCGCUGAGCUGAGCCUGUGCCUCUGUCUCAUCGCCUAUCGAAUCGCGCACCGCCUUCUUGUGGCUGUGACCGAGCGUUGUGCGACUGCUGGCGUGAUCAGACACCGCAAUGAUCGACUGGGUGUCGAUAGUGCGCGCCUCGCGGCGCCGCUUCUCGUACCGGGGCCGGCCCGGUCAGCGCAGGGAGAAGCGACGGCGGAAGCUGAUGCCGCAGUACUAUGAUGACGACGCGUGCUGCAUCUGCUGCUUCGCUGGAGCUCCUGAUAAGGAGUGCGAGAAGGCGUCCUACGGCGUGGCGGCCGACCCGCCGACGGACAUAGUGACCGUGCCGCCCAUCUCGGUGGCCAGUCUGGAGGAGUUCUCGGCCAUGCCGUCGGACGACGUACCCCACAGCACGGCUAACGGCGAGCACGCCAAGCCGCCGGCCGUGCCCGGCGUGCCGGCCACCACCAGUCCGAACCAGCUGAACGGCGACGAUGAGUGGGUAUACGAGGAGGUAUCCCUGCGACGCACCCAGGGGCUCGGCUUCAGUAUCGCCGGCGGACACGACAAUCCACACGUCGGGGACGACCCGUCCAUCUACAUCACCAAGCUGAUCCCGGGCGGCCCUGCCGCCUCCGACGGACGUCUUCGCGUUGGAGACAUCAUCGCCCGCGUCAACGGCGUCAGCGUGGUUAAUGUCACCCAUGAGCAGGCGGUGGACGCGCUGAAACGGGCCGGCACCAACGUCCACCUGUCUGUGAAGCGUCGCCGCCAGCCCCGCACGGAGCGGGUGGUACAACUGGAGCUGCACAAGGGCAGCAGAGGACUGGGCUUCAGCAUCGCAGGAGGCAGCGGAAAUCAACACAUACCUGGGGACAAUGGUAUCUACGUGACCAAGAUCAUGGAGGGUGGCGCGGCACACCAGGACGGCACCAUGUCCAUUGGAGACCGGCUGAUCGCUGUGGAUGCAGGGCGGGGCGAGCGGGCCCUGACCAACGUCACACACGAGGAGGCCGUAGCGGCGCUGAAGUCCGUCACCGACCGCGUGGUGCUCACCCUGGUCAAACACGACGGCCCGCUGCCCUCGGCCGCCCCCGCCCCCGCCCCCGCCCCCGCCCCCGCCCCGAUCCCGGCGGCGUACAGUGCGCCGCCGCCGCCACAGCCGCCGACGGGUAACACCAACAGCGCGGCACACGUCAGUAACAACGGACACAGCGGCACGGGCAACAACGGCUCCGGCGGCCGAUACGAUAUGCUGGACGGACGGACACCGCCGCCGCCUCCUCUGGACACUUCGUCUGCCUACAACGAACCCUACAACAUAUCCACACCGAAAGCGGUCAGCAUGGAGAACGUGGCCAGGGAGCCACGUCAGGUGGUGCUCAGCAAAGCCUCCGGCCAGGGCCUGGGCUUCAACAUCGUCGGAGGAGAGGAGUCCGAGGGCAUCUUCGUGUCGUUUAUCCUGGCCGGAGGACAGGCGGACCGCAGUGGGGAGCUGCACCGCGGCGACCAGAUACUGUCGGUGAAUGGCACCGACCUCAGCAAGGCCACGCACGAGCAGGCCGCCGCCGCCCUCAAGGGUGCCGGCCAGACCGUCUCUAUGGUGGUUCAGUACAGGCCAGAGGAGUACAACAGGUUCGAGGCCAAGAUCCACGAGCUGAGACAGCAGAUGAUGCCCGGCACUCUGCGUACCACGCAGAAACGGUCACUCUACGUCAGGGCUCUAUUCGACUACGACCCGCGCAUGGACGACGGCCUGCCGUCGCGCGGUCUGCCGUUCUCCUUCGGCGAUAUCCUGCACGUGACGAACGCUAGCGACGACCAGUGGUGGCAGGCGAAGCGGCUGACCCCGCAGGGUCAGGAGCUGGCCAUGGGCAUCAUCCCCUCCCGUCACCGCUGGGAGAAGAAGAUGAGGGCGCGCGGAAAGACAGUCGUCUUCCACGGAAAGACCUCCUCCGAUAUGGGCACCGAUGACGAGGAGUCGACUCUGGACCGGAAAAAGAAGAACUUCUCCUUCUCCAGAAAGUUCCCGUUCAUGAAGUCGAAGGAGGACGUCAAGUCGGACGAUGGCUCGGAGGAAAACGACCGCGAAAUCCACUCCGUGACCAACACGUCCGAGGGCGACGACCGCAGUCUGCCUGAGGAGCCGGUGCUCUCCUACGAGCCCGUACAGCACGUCGAGGUCAGCUACUGCCGGCCGGUCAUCAUCCUGGGGCCGCUCAAGGACCGCAUCAACGACGACCUCAUCUCGCAGUACCCGGACGACUUUGGCAGCUGCGUGCCGCACACCACCCGGCCGUGCCGAGAGGACGAGGUGGACAGUCGCGACUACCACUUUGUGGCGUCUCGGGAGCAGAUGGAGCGCGAUAUUCAGAACCACCUGUUCAUCGAGGCCGGACAGUACAACGACAACCUGUACGGAACGAGCGUGGCCAGCGUGCGGGAGGUGGCAGAGGAGCAAAAGAAGCACUGCAUUCUGGACGUGAGCGGUAACGCCAUCAAACGGCUACACGUGGCGCAGCUGUACCCGAUCGCCAUCUUCAUCCGACCGCGCUCCGUCGACUCCAUCCUGGAAUGGAACAAGCGUCUGACCGAGGAGCAGGCCAAGAAGAUGUACGACAAAUGCCAAAAGCUGGAGGCCGAGUUCAGCGAGUACUUUACCAGUAUCAUCAGCGGCGACACGCCGGAGGAUAUUUACGAGAAGAUCAAGGACACGAUCCGCGAGCAGGGCACCAACCGCAUCUGGAUACCCUCCAAAGAGAAGCUGUGAGCGCGCCACGGCGGCGCUCCAGACAACUAGACAGAUCGCCGUGCUCAGAGCUUUACCGACCGGCCGCCGCCGAAUCUCAGCCGGUCUGCGCGCCACGUCUGUAGGUGGCGCUGGCGGCGGGCUGGUCGGCUCCUAGGUGGCGCUGGCGGCGCUCUGCUCGCCGCCCGCCGCCACCCGUUGUUGAUUGUUGCUGCGCCGUUCGGUGGGACGCGCGGCGGAGCACCUCAGCUCUCUGGCGGUCCCGCUCGGCGCGCCGCGGCCCAGUAGGACGCUCCGCCGGCGACCUCGGCCGCUGUAGUGAGCCAGCGUGACCUCUUCCUCGUCCCUGUACCGGCGCCCCGUCAGACAGCGGGUUACCAGCCGACGGACCCGCCCCGUCAGACAGCGGGUCAGUCACCGGCCCGCGGCGCCCCGGCCGACCGGUCGAGCCCGGCGCCCGCCUGCCGGGCCGCGCGAGAGAAGAUGUGAUAAUUCUCAUUUCCCCGAUUUUAGUGUUUAACUCGCUGUGCCCCCUGUGUUGUCGCCGCGCCGGCGUGCGGUCGGCCGACCGACUCGCGUGUCGUGCUCGUCAUAGUGCUGGUAGCUUCUCAUUCAUUUUAGUAAUUUAUAUUCCCAGACGGUCGAGCGUUCAUCGAUGUUGGCGUCGUCCCGGUUAGAUAUGGCCGGUUGGCCAGUGUGUCCGGGUAGAACGAGUAUUGUGCGCCGCGCACGCGCGAGAAAGAGUAAGCGUGUAGGAGAGAGUGGGUGAGUAAGUUGGUGAGAGAGUGAGUGAAUGUAUGAGUGAGUGAGAGGAAGAGAGAGUGAGAGGAAGAGGGAGGAGAGAGCAGCGCCGCGAGCGCACGAGCGAAGUUUGUGAGACAUUGACCAUGUGUCAAAUUAUAUUGUACCUAUAUAGAGGUCGUGUGUAAAUAGAAGUAUUACCAAUAGUG